CUCUCCUUUCCAGAUAUCAAUCUAUGAUUAUGUUUCUCUUUCAUGAUGCUUACGUCUACUUGGAUCCUAAAAGGAUAAUUCUUCCCUUUUUUCUUUCUUUGAAUUGAAGCUAAGAAUAUGGAGGAGCUGUUCAUUUCAUACCACUGCUUAUGAAUCCCAACUUGGAUCCACCACUAUCACUGCCGCUGCCUCCCCCUGCUUCCACUUCCUGCGCCCGCCAUCCUCAAGAGUGUUUCACCGUCUUUUGUCCCUCAUGCCUUUACGAACGUCUCUCUCUUCUCGACCCUUCUUCUUCUUCUCGGAAACCUCCCAUUGUCGCCGCUACUUCCACCACCACCGCUGCGCUUAAAUCCAUUUUCAAACCUUCUGGAGGAAGCGGUACCAGACUCGGGUUUUCCCCAGAGCUCCGGCGAACAAAGUCCUUUUCUGCACCAAAAAACGACGGUCUUCCCGGAGGUUUUGAGCCUCAGAGGAAAUCUUGGUCACUCUUUUCUCAAGAUUACGAGAGAAAUCAACGAAAAGCUGGACAUUUGGGUUCAUCUUCUAGUGUUGUUCAAGGCCCUGUUUUUGAAACCAACGAAGAAGAGCAAACUGAGAGGGAAACCAAUCACGAAAACGAUAUAGAGUUCGCAGAAGAACGACGACUCGAUUUGGGUGUUGAUACAGGGAGUUUAAUCGAAGAGAAAGUUGAAGAAAAGGAGCUGAAGCCCAUGAAGGAUCAUAUAGAUCAUGAUUCGCAAACAAAGAAGAAGAGUACCGGAAGCUUCUGGUCGGCCGCUUCAGUUUUCAACAAGAAACUGCAACAAUGGAGGCAAAAACAGAAACUUAAAAAGAUGAAAAAUGGAGGUGGGUCGGUUAGAUUACCAAUGGAGAAGUCUUUAGGGAGAAGGUCUUGCGAUAUAGAUCCAAGGUUUUCAUUUGAUGAUCCAAGGUAUUCAGUCGAUGAGCCAAGAGCUUCCUGGGAUGGGUGUUUGAUUGGAAGAACAACAUUUCCAAGGAUCCCAGCAAUGGUUUCUCUUAUGGAAGAUGCUCCAGUUCAUCAAGUUAUAAGGUCUGAUACUCAAAUCCCUGUUGAGGAUCCGUUGGUAAUGGAUUCCAUUAAUGGUGAAUCUCUCCCUGGAGGAUCAGCUCAAACAAGGGAUUAUUAUUCUGAUUCCAGGAGAAAGAGUCUGGAUAGGUCCCGUUCUAUAAGGCAAACUGCAGCAGCUGUAGUAGCUGAGAUCGACGAUAUGAAAUCCAUUUCCACUGCAAAGGUUUCCCCUGCUAUUCUUGAUUGCAAAGACUCGAACUCUGAGAGUUUCGGGAUGAGCUUUAGAGACGACGCGUCUAUGAUUGGCAGUGGGGAACGCAAGGGGUCGUCUAAGAAAUCGAGGAAAUGGAGUAAAGCUUGGAACAUUUUCGGGUUCAUUCAUAGGAGUGUUAACAAAGAUCGUGAGGAUGAAGUAGAUGAGUACCGUAGAGCUAAUGGUGUCGAGAGAUCGUAUUCGUAUUCCGAAUCUAGGUCCGAGUUGAAGGGAGGUUUUAAUCCAAAGCUUGCAAGGAGCAAUAGCUGCGUAAGUUGGCGGAGUUCGAGAGAUUUUGGUGGUGCAAGAAAGAACGGUGUGGAGCCAAAUGGACGGUUAAGUUUCGUCUCGACACCGAUGAGCGGCGGAGGCAGCAGCCGGAGAUGUGGGUCGGGUAAAAGCAAGGUAAACCAUGCACAUGCUAUUUCAAGGUUGUACUGAAUUUGAGAUCAAAACAUUGUGUUUCUUUUGUGUUUUAUGAAAUAUAUCAUUACAUAAGACAUUAUUCGAUCUUUGAUCUCAUGUUACCUUGGGGAUCAUCCUACU